AUGUGGUGUGUGUGCACGUGCGCUCCGUGCACGCUCAUCCCAGGAGCCCCGCCCCCCGAGCACGUGCUCUCCCUCCCUGUCUGUCUGUUGACCUGUCUCCCUCCCUGUCUGUCUGCAGCGGUGAAGCGGUUGAUGAAGGAGGCUGCAGAGCUCUGCGACCCCACGGAGCACUACCACGCCCAACCGCUGGAGGACAACCUGUUCGAGUGGCACUUCUCGGUGCGUGGCCCUCCCGACUCGGACUUCGACGGCGGGGUCUACCACGGCCGGAUCGUCCUGCCCCCGGAGUACCCCAUGAAGCCCCCCAGCAUCAUCCUGCUGACCCCCAACGGGAGGUUCGAGGUGGGGAAGAAGAUCUGCCUGAGCAUCUCCGGCCACCACCCAGAGACCUGGCAGCCGUCCUGGAGCAUCCGGACGGCCCUCAUCGCCAUCAUCGGCUUCAUGCCCACCAAGGGGGAGGGCGCCAUCGGGUCCCUGGACUACACCCCAGAGGAGCGUCGCAGCCUGGCCAAAAAGUCUCAGGACUUCCGCUGCGAGGCGUGUGAGUGCUCCAUGCGCACGGCGCUGCUGCCCCCCUCCCCGACAGAGACCCCCGCCCAGGACAGCGAGGCCCAGGAGCUGGCCCAGCAGAUCAGCUUCAAGGCUGACUCCAGGCAGGCCAGUGAGAGCGGGGGGGGCCAGCAGCGACCCCCCCCGCCCCCGGCCCAGCAGAGAGCUCCUCCCCCGGGGAGCGGGACAAGCUCUGAGGACCCCCUGGAGGACCACGAGGACCAGGUGGAGGGCUCCUCCCCCUCUCCCCCCCCCCCCCUGCGGGCCGGCCCCUCAGCCCCCGUCAGCGCCGCGCCCACCAGGCCCGCCAGCGGAGGGAGCCCCCACCCCUCCCCCACCCGGGGCGGCCGCCGGACCCUGGCGGGGGCGGGGCCUGAGGGGCGGGGCCAGGCGGGCACGGCGGUCCUCAUUCUGGUCCUCACGCUGGCGCUCGCCGCCCUCAUCUUCCGCCGCCUCUACCAGCAGGAGUACAAGCUGGACUACCAGCUGUGACCCCCCCCCCCCCCACCCGGGUCAUGUGCCCCCCCCCCCCUCCCCCCAGGUCAUGGGAC